CAGUCUUGAUGCGAUCAUCUGAAACUUUUUCAGGGGGGGAUAGCUCCAGGGAAUAGGUUAUAAAUGUCGUAGCGGAGUAUAACGUCGUGUCAGUCUCAUUUCAAUAACCAUCUGAAAGUGAGCUGGAACGGUAAGCCGAAUUGGAUAAUAAACAUCUUUUUUGAGAAGUAACUCCCAUUGAAAGAAAACACGAUGCAAUUAGCUUUUCUAUUGGCACUUGCAUUCACCAUUCUGUUCGGGUUCACUGAACGAACGGAGGCUUUUCCUAACGAUACGAAGAAAAUUUCGUUAAAAGAAAUAAAAGAGCCAAAAGAGAUAAAGGAAGGUGCUACGGCGUCUAAGGAUGUAAAGGAUGCUAUAAAGGCCGCUAAGGAGGCGAAAAAAAACAAGAAAGAAUGUGCUAAAGAUUGCGGCCCUUAUGAUCCUAUUUGUGCUCAUGAUCCUUCCGAUCCUUAUGGUAAAUCAUGGGACUUUUGUACUGAAUGUGAUAUGGAAGUUUACAACUGCGAAACAGGAUCGAAAUUGGUUAUGAAAAGCAGAGGCGAGUGUACAGGAGUUGGUGGAGUAAGAUUGUCAUAAAAUAAGGAUAACUGAACAUGUCAUUUACUUUAUUUCGAUAUUUGCCAACACUCUACAAAUUUAAUAUUAUCUUUUAACUUUUCUUCCGGGCUUAUACUUCUUUAGAAGCUUUAUAAAUUUCAUGAAUGCUGUCAUUGUUAUUUGUUUGUAAUCUUAGUUACCAACUUAUGUCAUAUAAUAUGUAUACCUAAAAUAAAUAAUAUAUAAUUAUGAAUAUAUGAAACACAA